AUGCUCCUAGUCAACCAAGGGCAGCACAGAGUUCUUGGUCGUAUGUACUCAGACGACCAGCUAUUUCGGAUCAUCGUCCCGAAAAGAUUCACACUGCGUGCAUACCCUCCUGCAAGCCAGAUAAAGGCAGGGUUUUCCGAGAAGGUCGUCACUACAUCUGGUGAUAUCAGACCUGACUUCUCCGAUGAAGACAUCGCUCUUGUGCUCCAAUACCGUUGGCCCGAGGACUUCGGCGACCUCAAAGCCUGCGAUAUAGACGCCGUCAAUAACAGUGUUAAAGGAGUGGGUAAUAACCUCAAAUCCGAGGCGGAUAUCCUGAGCUACGAUGAUGUGACUCUUUCCAGUUACUGUCACGAAAAGCUUUACAACAACAAAGUCCGACGGGAUCAAAUCCUCAACAACUUUGAGGCAGAGCUACACGAAGCUCGAAACUUCCGAGCAGCAGCGGUUGAGGAGCAUUUCAAGCGCACCGAGCCUGGAGUGCUCCAGUACAUCAUUAUUGCCAAAGUACAUCAUGCGUUAUCCUGGGACAGCAUUGCCACCUCUCUGAACGGCAAGUACAGAAGACCUGCAGGGCUCAUGGGCCACUUGAACAACUUUGAUGCUGGUCUCGUGGAGGAGAUAUUCCAGAUACAUGCCGAGGCUAAAACAAGCAUCUUUGAAGAGUGUGUGAAUUGGGACUGGAAGGGAAUCUCGUCGAGUCAGGUGCCAACGGGGAAGAUCAGGAGGGAGGCCCAGAAUCGGAGAAGGUUUUCACCAACUACACCGGCUGCAAUGACUCUGGCUGAUAGUAAGGAGGAGGAAUUGGGAUCUCUGCCGUGGUGA